AAUAUAUCAGAAUAUUCCUUUCGCUGUGUCCUUCGGACUCCUUCCGACUCCUUCGUACCAAAAUGGUGGCAUUGCGCAUUUGACCUCAAGUGCACUUUGCACAGCUUGGAAGCGCUCCGUGCAAGCAUGGCUGCCGGUGCGGUUGCUUGUGCUUGCCAAGCCCGCUUUGCAGCACUCCCACAGCUCCAGGUUCCCCUACAGCCAGCUCGAGUCCACAAUCUGUCAGCACUUCUCACUCCCCUACGAAAACGUCUGCAUGCAAAACUGUAUAAUCCCUCUUCGUUUCUGUUCGGUGACCAAUUACUAUCCCUCUCCUCCAGCACUGAAGCUCCUCUUCGAGCAGACAUUGAGAAGGUUCCACCGAAGGGGAAAGGGAUGCAGAUUCCAAGACGGCAAUUGGUUUUGGGAGGGACUGGAAUCCUGAUCGCCGCAGCGGCAGGAAAUGCAGAGAAGCCAGCAGCUGCAGCGGCAGCAGCUAGUGCAGAGAGUCUAGUCCAGCCUCCCGCAUCUGUCCUGGUUAUAGGAGCUGGGGGUGCCACCGGGGGCAGAAUUGUCAGGGAGUUGCUCAAGCGGGGCUACAAGGUGAAGGCGGGGGUGCGGGACGUUGAGAAGGGCAAGGCCAAGCUUGGGGCUGCGGACGGUCUGUCCUUCGUAAAGACGGAUGUCACAGAGCCGGAGUCUGUUAUUGCGCAGGCGAUUGGUGACGCUGAGGCUGUGAUAGUCGCCACCGGAAAGGCCAGCCUGAAUCCAGCCGAUUCUUGGGCUGUAGACAAUCUAGGUACUCAGAAGGCCGUUGAUGCCGCCAAGAAGAAGGGCGUCAAGAAGUUCGUGUUGGUCAGCUCUAUUCUGACGAACGGCGCUGCGAUUGGCCAGUUCUUCAACCCCGCGUACCUAGUUCUGAACAUAAUCGGAGGCGGCGUUCUGUUCGCCAAGUUGAAAGCGGAAGAGCACAUCAAGAAGGCGGGAGUUGACUACACGGUUGUGCGGCCAGGCGGGUUGUCGAAUGAGCCCCCCGCAGGUUCCGUUGUCAUGGGGUCGGAAGACACCCUCUUCGGCGGACGGAUCUCUAGAGACCUGGUUGCGUUGGUAGCAGUGGAAGCCCUUGUUUCAAAGAAUGCAUCCAAGAAGGUUGUUGAGGUGAUUGAAAGCCCGGACGCCCCGUUGAAAUCCUUCGAAGACAUGUUUGCUGCAUGCAAGAACGCGAGUUGAAAAGAUUCACGCCGACUGUUUAGCAAUUCAGCAGGCGGGGCUGUUUCAAUGUUGGUGAUCAGCUUGUUGCCCAACAGCAUGUGCAAUGUGAAACAUCCUCGUUCCUCUCUGACCACAGCUAUGACGCUUAAUUAUCCCGUGAC